AUGGACGGAGGAGUAGUAGCUGAAACUCCACAGAAUUUCUUGGGGAAUACUCCUUCUGAGCUUUAUGCGGAAAUCUUCAAACAUCUUCCGUCAGAAGAGCUUGUUGGAAAUAUUCGAGCUUUCCCAUUCAUCCAAGAUGAACUUCUCAAUUGGAACAUGACUUUCCUCACUGCUGAGCAACUCGUUUACUUUCACGGAUUCCUUGAAACCGGCACACUUACACUCCCUCCUUCCAAGGUCAAUACUCUGAAGCAGAACAUAAUCGCUGCCCUCCCGAAAGCAUUUCAAAAGUUCACCGAUUGCGUGUUGGCGGAACAACCCCUAAAGCCCAGCUUUUUCAACUGCUACUUCGAUGACAUUAGCACCACGAUGGAGGAAAUCAAGGAAUGCAAGACCGAUGACGCGAAGAAAGAACCUGUCAUCCGGUUUUUAGAGAAAUUUGACAAAAGAAAUACAAUCGUCCGAAAAUUUUGUACCGCCGUGAAGACGGCUGAUCCAAAUGGUAAGACGUGUCGAUAUGGUAAGGUCGAAACGCCAGAACAGGAGACUUGGUUCAUUCAUUUACUGUUCUGGCUCGCAACCGACUAUGUGCACAAGAACCGCAAAGGUUCGACACCGCUGGGCGAGGAAACCAUCGCCUUUCUUUGGAGCGAGUUUCUUCGCCGAGUCAGGACACUAUUCGGCCCAGAAAUCAAAGAUUCUCUCAAAUAUUGCGUCUUGCCACAGGGCAUACUUCUCUUGAAGUAUCGGGACUAUAUCGCUGAAUGCAGUUCCUCCCUCCCAACAGUAUACAAUUGCCUAAAGACGAUGGCAUUUAAAAACCAAUACGUCUCAAUCGAGGACUACGCAACCUUUAUGAUAGUAAACGGGCUCGAUCGUGCCUACGGGUUACUCCAAGAAGAUAAAAAUGCGAUAGAGUUUAUCGCUCAGCCUCGGACGGAGCGUGAAGUUUUCUCUUGGAGAAACCUUUGGCGCAACUUUGAAGACGAAUGGGAUGCCGAGGGUUCAGCUAGCUAA